AUGCCAAAGAUUGAGGAAUUUCAACUCCACCCCCUGGGUUGGGAGAAUGACCCGGAGGAGGAGCGAUUCCAGCUCUCGACUCUCGACUAUCUGUCGGCCAUGACAUACAACAAUUACGCCUUGUUCUUCAAGCUGGAUGAUUCCGAGAAGAGUACAGCUGCAGCCGUGUUGAAGGAAGGGCUGGAGAGAACUCUGAGCCAGACAAAACAUCUUGUUGGCAUCAUUGAGAAGAACGAAGACGGAAGUCACUCGUUUGUCAAGAAAAGGGACAGCACGGUCAAAUUCGUUGUCCAGCAUCUUGACUCGCCCGAGGACGGCUUCCCCUCGUUUGCCGAGAUCGAGAAGGUUCACUUCGUGUCGCCCAUUCUUGGUGACGUCAACGUGUUGAGCAAUGCCCCCAUGGCAUAUGGCGAGAAGCCAGAGGCCGAUCCUGACAAGAGACCCGUUGUCGCCUCUUACAAGGCAAACUUCAUCCCCGGAGGCCUGAUCCUCAACCUGCACUCGCAUCACUACAGCAACGAUGCUCUUGGAUUUGGUAACUUCGUCCGUCAGCUCGCCGACAACUGCCGCGCCAUUGCCAACAAGACCGAAUUCCCUUCCUUCGACCCCAAGUGUCUCGAUCGUAGCCGCUUUAUUGCCCCAACGGUCGCGGAAGAAUCACGCGUCGAUGCUCCUCCUCGAGCCGACCGCAACCCUGCGCACAAGGAUUCACAGGCCUUGAUAUUCCAUCUGCCAAAGAGCAAGGCUGCUGAGCUGAAGAAGGUCGCAUCACCCGAUGACGGCUCGUGGGUUUCGACAUAUGAUGCUUUCUCUGCGCUCAUGUGGCGAGUGUUCUCCAGGAUCCGUGCCCCCGUGUACAAUCCGGAGCCGGCCUCGAAGCCGCUGUGGGCUGAAGGCGUCAAUAUGAAGAAACGCUUGACCAAUCCGACUAUGCCGGCCCGCAUGCAAGGCAACCUCUUCUUCGCGCCAAUGUCUACCAUGUCCGCCAUUCCGCAGCUGACCUCGGCCGAGAUCAUAUCGGAGGCUCCGCUCUCCAAGCUUGCGAGCUAUUCGCGUCAAAUGACCGAUAGCGUCACGGGCGAAAUGUUGGCGGCCGUUUUACAAAUGCUUGCGCCCAUUCGCAACAAGCCAGACUUGUCCGUCCGGGUCAACUCAUUCCCACCCAUGACCUUUGUCGUGACUGACUGGCGGGAAGCUGACGUCUGCGGUCAAGACUUUGGUUUUGCGAAGCCGACUGCCUUCCGCCACCUCUUUGGCAAAGUGCUGACAGAGAAUCUCGUGGUUGUCUACCCGCCGCGGGACGGCCCAGCCGGUGAUGAUGAGGGAGUCGAGGUGCAAUUCGCCUUUGAAAAGGAACUCACUCAGCAGCUCAUCAGUGACCCGGAAUGGAGCAAGUAUUUUGAGUUCAGAGGCAUUGACUCGGAUUAG